GAAAUUAUGUUACCACAUUUGAAUGAUAAAGAACAAAGAAAUUAUAGUAAUUUCUCAUUAAUAAUAUUUAUUUCAUUUGAUUUGCCUGUGUUUUUCUUACAUUACAAUAUAUCUAUGAUCAUGAGAUAGAAUUACUCACAUAAGCUACCUUGUAUGCUCAGCUAUGGAGGAUGGUUGUAUUUCAAUAACUGGUUUAAGAAUAUUCAAUAUAGUAACCUGAAAACCAGACAAUUCUUUUUUUUAUCCUACAGUCCAAAAACUUGCAGGUAGACUGGAAAUUGCCUGUAGCUCUUGAUGUGGGAGCAAAUGCGCUUGUUUCUCUGUGUUAAGUCCCUCAAAGCCUAAGAACCUUUUCAGUGUUGUUGCAACAUUUUUCUGGGAACCGCCACCCUGUGACACUUUCUGCAAACAUCAAUCAAAGCAGAUACAUAAAAAAAAUGCUUCUUUUACACACUUAGGACAUUUGUGAUUGGUGAAUGGAAGCAGACUCUAAGGACCAAAAUCAUUCAUAACAUCUUAAUGAAUUGAGUUUAUGCACUAUUAAUAUUAUGGCAUAGAUUUACAGCAAGGAGCAAAAUUAUGUAUUGACCUGGAUUUUUGAAAUAUGCCAGAUGGUUGCAGAGAUUGCCUAAACUGCUCCAUAUGGGUAUACUCACAUGAACUCGAUCUUAUUCUGUGAACUGUGUGAAGAUUUUUCUUUUAAUUUGAUACAAUUGACAAACAACAGAAAAAAACAAUGCAUCAGGAAAAACGUAGAACUUAUAUAACUCACUAAAAGUGAAGAGAAUGUUAUUAUCUAUAAGAGACGUUUGGCAUGCAGAGGUUUUACAUUUACAUUUAAAGAGCAAAACACAUCUGGUGUAUUCACCUCCUCAGUGUGAAUGUGACAAUUUGGUGAAGUACUUAAGUUAUGCCAUCUAAUGGUCAUAAAUUGAACUUCUUCUUUUUUUUUUUGCAGAACUAAAGUAUGACCUUUUCUUUCUUUUCUUCCCAGAAGAUCUUCAUGAAGAUGACAAAUCAAAACACACUUGUCAUGGUUGGAUGCCAAUAACCACAAGACCAUGGAAGGGGAUAACAUGCUGAACACCACUGUAAAUACCAGUACAAUGGAUAUCCACCUAGUGACGCACAGUCUCUGGGAGGUGAUCACCAUUGCGACUGUGUCAGCUAUAGUCAGCCUCAUCACAAUUGUGGGGAAUGUUCUGGUAAUGCUCUCCUUUAAAGUCAACAGCCAACUAAAGACAGUGAACAAUUACUACCUGCUGAGUCUGGCAGCUGCAGACCUCAUCAUAGGUGUUUUCUCCAUGAAUCUGUAUACCUCUUAUAUACUGAUGGGCUACUGGGCCCUAGGAAACCUCGCCUGUGACCUGUGGUUAGCGGUAGACUAUGUAGCUAGUAAUGCAUCAGUCAUGAAUCUGUUGGUGAUCAGUUUUGACAGAUAUUUCUCCAUCACCAGGCCUCUGACCUACAGGGCCAAACGGACUCCCAAACGAGCUGGGAUUAUGAUAGGUUUAGCCUGGCUGGUGUCACUUAUUCUGUGGGCUCCACCAAUACUCUGCUGGCAGUACUUUGUAGGAAAACGAACUGUCCCCGAGAGGCAAUGCCAGAUCCAGUUUUUCUCCGAGCCAGUAAUAACCUUUGGGACAGCGAUUGCAGCCUUUUAUAUCCCCGUGUCAGUCAUGACAAUCCUCUACUGUCGAAUCUACAAGGAGACAGAGAAAAGGACCAAGGAUCUGGCUGAGCUCCAGGGGAUUAACUAUGCCACAGACUCUGGGGUCACUCAGCCUCAGAAGACCAUUAUCAGAUCCUGUUUUAGCUGUAAACUAAGAUCGGCUUCGCAUGACAGGAACCAAGCCUCCUGGUCGUCUUCCAGUAGGAGCAAUGCUGCCAAAUCAGCAGCCACCACCAAUGACGAGUGGUCCAAAGCUGGUCAACUGACCACCUUCAAUAGUUAUGCCUCCUCAGAAGAUGAGGAGAGGCCUGUGUCCCCAGGAGGCUUCCAGCCCUCAUUCAGGAACCAGGCUUGCGAAGCUGGCAAGAGCGGAGUAGGCAGUGAGAGCGAGCAGCUCAGCAGCUAUGACGAGGACAGCUUCUUCCAGACACCACCAAAAAGCAACUCUCAGAGGAGCAGCAAGUGUGUGUCCUACAAGUUCAAACCUAUGGCCAAAGACACCCAUGUGGAGCACCAGAGCAAAAAUGGAGACACCAAAAUGGCAUCAUCGACGUUUUCCUCGGCCGAGUCCAUGAGCGUUCCAUCCACCUCCUCGACAUCUAAACCCAUAGACGCCACGCUGAAGAACCAGAUCACCAAGAGAAAGAGGAUGGUGUUGAUCAAGGAGAGGAAGGCAGCUCAGACUCUCAGUGCUAUCUUGCUGGCCUUCAUCCUAACAUGGACACCUUAUAACAUCAUGGUACUGAUUUCCACCUUCUGCUCAGACUGCAUCCCCCUCUCCCUCUGGCACCUGGGCUACUGGCUGUGCUAUGUCAACAGCACUGUCAAUCCCAUGUGCUACGCCCUGUGUAACAAGACUUUUCAGAAGACCUUCCGCAUGCUCUUACUCUGCCAGUGGAAGAAGAAACGGAUUGAGGAGAAACUAUACUGGUAUGGACAGAAUCCUGUGGUCAGCUCCAAACUGACAUGAAGAAUUUUUUUUUUAAGAUGGUUUAUGACAAUGGUUGCAAAUCAUGUUUGUACUGAUGAUCUUGGCUUUAUGAACUUGAAUUCUAGAUACAUUUGGUGAUAUCAAAAGUAAAUAUGGUAUCUAAAGAAGCUGGUGCAACUUAAAAAGUUGCAUAUUAAUCAGCAGGUCUGCUAUAGUGUAUGUUACUUACUGCUCAAACUAUGGAAAUGGAAGAGGAUUAUAAAACUGUCCCGACAUACUGUAAUCAGUGACACUGUAUAUAGGUUCUACAAUAUUAAAAAUAUCAGUAUUUCCCCCAAAAUGAAAUGCUAUUGACUAACACACAGAAUAUUUCAUAUUGUACUGUGAGUAUUCAAUAUGCACUGUUGGAUAAUUGGAAACCAUAAUAAAGUUGUUCCGGUGUAAUAUUCGUCACUGUAUAUUGGUUUUAAAGUGUUAAAAUUGCCAGUUUCCCCCUCAAGUUGAUGCUUUACACAAAAGAUCUGUUUAAUAGUGUAGGUAUUGUGUUUGUAUUGAGGAUGCACAUGUUGGAGUUGCUAUUUUAUUUUCAAGGGCUAAUACGUGUCGUCCCGAUGUCAGAAUCUGCUUGCUCAAGUCAAGAUUGUAACUUGAUGAUAAUCAAAGCCUUUUUCACAUGUGCCAUUGUCGUUUGUAAGAAGAGUGAAUAUAGAUUCAGAUUCAUUGUUUUCACAUCACAUGUUCUGCUUUUUCUUCCAUAAAUGAAAUUUAAAAAAUGAAUAAUGAACACCAAACUGCACCCUACUGGUCUACCCUAUGGCUUGUCAGUCGUUUUACUCAAACUACAUGACAAACUUGCUGAACAAUAUCAGUGUUUACAUAGAGACAGUAUGGAGGAUUUAAGAGCACAUGUUUAUUAUAACCUGUUUAUUACUCUUCAUCCUCAGGAUCUUUUCUUUUUCUUUGAGCACUGAAAUACAGUAUUUGUUUUCUCUGAAUUACUGUAGCUAAAUCAAUGUCAUAUCAUCAUAUCUUCAUUGUAUUUCUGGCAAACUUGUAAUGUACUGUGGCAAAAAAAAAAAUGCAGUUUGUCUGUGAAAUAUUCCUUUCUGUAAUCAUUGGAUGGAAGAUGACAUGCAAAAGAUAUUUUACAUGUGUCAAAAGGUAAAUGUCAUGAAACACCUUUUUGUAACUGUGAUAACCCAGUAAUCUGCACUUGCAAUUUGGGGAUUGACAGAGAUGCUUUGCUUCAUGUAUUGACAUGGUGUAUGUUGGAAACAAAGCUAGAGCUAAAACCGUGAUGCAUUUUUUUAUACUGUGUUUCAAGUUUGUGAUGAUCUUUUUUUUUUUUUUGUUCUUUUAAGUAUUUUGUGAUCCAUGCAUUUGUCCAUGUCCAUGCAUUUCUGAAUAAAACGUGGUGAAUUCAAUGUCCAGCAUAAUAGCUAAAAAGAGAAAGUUACUGAUGUCACCCUUUUUAGU